ACUAGCCAACCAGCCCUUUGUCGGACAGAUACCGCCAGACAUAUCAGUACAGAUUGGGAGAAGCCACUGAACUGGCUGGGGGAACAGCUCCACUCCUUGAGGCAGUGACUGCCCCCCCCCUCCGCCACCACCACAAACAAGAGAGGGGCCCCAGCACCCCCCAUUUCCUGUGGCUGAAUACUUGGCAUCCCUCCUCCUGCUCCUUGCCAGAAGCCCCCCCACCCCACCGAAGGGGGUCUGUAUUUUCUAUUGCUGGCCUGGCUUGACUCAUCUCUGCUGAUGUGUCACAUUUUUUGGAUUUUUCUCUUCAUCCUCCAUCCAUCCGGAUAUUUCUGGGAAAAAACAGGAUCUGGCUGCCCCUGUGUCCACUGCCCCACUUGGGCUAAACUCAGCAGCCAUCGCUCUCAGUCCCAGGAAAACUCCAGCUGCCAAACUUGCUGCAGCCAAGGAGACGGGACAGCUGCUUUUGAGCUCAGUGUUGUGAAGCGGAGAAAGAGAGAGGAUGCUAGAGGAGGCCUGAUCCUUCCCAGCCCCAUUGCCACUGCUGGGGCUCUGAGGGACUGCAAUGGAGGCAGAGCAGCAGCCUUGAAUUCGGACAGACCCUGCGCUUGGUGCCACUGAGGAGCCACCAUGGAGACCCACAAGCGGGAGAUGGAGCUGCUGAGCAACAGUAUAGCAGCCUAUGCACACAUCCGAGAUCACCCUGAGAGCUUUGGCCUUUAUUUCGUGCUGGGGGUCUGCUUUGGCCUUGUCUUGACCCUCUGCCUGCUGGUCAUCCACAUCUCAUGGCAGCCUCAGGCCAUCCCCCGCAAGCCCCGAAAAAGCCUACGCGACUUCAGUGAAGAUGAGGACGAGGAGGAUGAUGACGAUGAGGAAGAAGACACCAUUGACCAAGCGGCUUCUGAGCCCCCCUUGGCUAUGACGGAGCUGCCGCUGGAGGCCCACUCCACCCCUGAUGGGACCCUCACCGUCAACGUCUUUGCCUCGGCGGAAGAGCUGGAGCGUGCCCAGCGGCUGGAGGAGCGGGAACGCAUCCUCCGGGAGAUCUGGCGCAACGGGCAGCCUGACAUCCUGGGCACAGGCACUGGCACCAUUGGCAGAGUCCAUUACUAUUGACCCAUGGUUGGCCAUGGUCACAUUCCUCAUCCGGGCAGGGUGGACUGCUACUGAACUCUUGAACCCCCUUGUCUCACCCCAAGGGAUUUAUGGUUAAUCACUUCACCCAGCCAGUAUCUCAAACAUUGCGAGACCUGCCCUGAUGCCAGAUAAGAGGCAGCCGGUAUUGCACAGGGGUGAGAGAGGAUCAAGUGACAGUGAUAAAAUGGCAAGAAGGACCAAGAUGAGUUAGUUAAACUGUUGGACAGCAAAUUCAAGGACUCUGCUCCUUUUCCUCCUGGGAACUUGAGAGGGAAGGCAGUGCAAGCCUAGUAAAGGAGCACACAGAACUAAUGCCAGUUCCUUUGUUUAUGUGUGAGGACUAUUCCUGAUUUUCACAAUGGACAUGUGUAGGGAACAUGGAAAGUGGUGUAGCAGUGCCCACUGCAGUAACAGAAAGGUACGGGGGUUGCAGUUCACCAGCCUGAACAGACCAAAGUCAGUACUUGCAUGCAGGACUCUGGCUUGCAUUGUGCUUAACUGAUUUAGUAGGCAAAAAAGGAAUAUGGUGCUCUUGGGGAGGAUUGUGGUGGCAGCAGGGGUGGUGGUGGUGUCUUCUUGCACCUGUCCAGGUACCUCUAAAGGGAUGGGUUGGAGGGAAUAGACUGCAAGGACCUUCGACCCACCUGUGCACAACCACAUACCAAGGGAGACAGAUCAACUGUGACAAAGUUCUGUAUCUCCCUUUUUCCUGGCUGUGUUGGAAGCCUGUUUUUUCUCCUACCCCUCCCAAAUGGUGCUUAUUAUUUCAAGGAGUUGCAUAGGGAACAGGUAAGUGCCAACUUCAGUAUUUUUCCACACUACCAGGAAACUCCCAGUGAAUUCUCAGGGUGCAGCACUUCAUCUCAUCCCACCUUCAGCCAGGUUGAUGCACAACUGGGGCGCAUCCUGCAGGGAGGCAGCUUGGGGAUGAUCCCAGCACUUCCUUUGCUGCCUGACUCCUCUCAUCCCACAAUCAGGGUGUGGUUUGACUGAGUAUUAUCAAGCAGCAGCAUUGUCCAGUGGCCUUUAUGGCUCUUUUCCCUGAUGGAAAAAGGGGGGGGGAUUAGCAACCUUCCCACUGGUCCUGUGGGACUUUGUGCCUGGUGCCCAUGUACCCCAGAGGGGGACUCUUUCAACUUUGCACAGACCCAUGUUGUACACAGGACCUUGGUUUUUAACAGGCCGGUAAACUUUUGUGUAAAAAUGUGCCUUAUCUUUCAUAAACAUCAUUCCAGUUUUCCACAA